AGUUUCACUACUCUCCCUCCCACUUGUUGGGGGAUCCAAUCCUUAUCUCAUAUAUAUAUGUGGACAUGGCUUAGAGCCACUCAGUCAUUACUACAACAAACUCUUUCCAUGGCUUCAGCUUCAUUCUCCUCACUCUCAAUGAACCCACCUCUCUCACUCAAUCGUUCCAAACUCAAACCAAUAAUCAAAGCUCAAAAGGAGGAUGUUGUCAUAGUGGGCGCCGGAAUCGCUGGCCUCGCCACCGCAGUCUCCCUCCACAGGCUAGGGGUUCGAUCAUUGGUGCUUGAGCAAGCUGAGUCACUAAGGACUGGUGGAACUUCACUAACCCUUUUCAAGAAUGGUUGGAGAGUAUUGGAUGCAAUUGGAGUUGGCAAUGAUCUCAGAACCCAAUUCCUUGAAAUUCAAGGGAUGGUGGUGAAGUCAGAAGAUGGGAGGGAAUUGCGCUCCUUCAAGUUCAAGGAUGAAGAUGAAAGCCAAGAAGUUCGAGCUGUUGAGAGAAGAGUACUAUUGGAGACUCUUGCCGAUCAGCUACCGCCGGACGCUCUUCGAUUUUCUUCCAAAUUGUCGAAGAUUAGUAAAAAUGGAAAUGGAGAAACUAUGUUGGAACUGGUUGAUGGAAGUCGAUUUUCUUCAAAGAUUGUAAUUGGUUGUGAUGGGAUUAGAUCUCCAAUAGCCAAAUGGAUGGGGUUCUCUGAUCCAAAGUAUGUUGGGCAUUGUGCUUUCCGGGGACUUGGCUAUUAUCCUAAUGGGCAACCAUUUGAGCCUAAAGUAAGCUACAUUUAUGGAAGAGGGCUUCGAGCAGGAUGUGUUCCUGUCUCUCCUACUAAAGUAUACUGGUUUGUCUGUUUCAACCGUCCAUCUCCAGGUCCUAAAAUCACUGACCCGGCUGAACUUAAGAAGCAAGCUAAAGAGCUAGUCAAAAACUGGCCUACCGAUCUUCUUAGCAUCAUAGACCAAACCCCAGAUGACACAAUUAUCAGAACACCCCUUGUCGACCGGUGGUUGUGGCCUACCAUUAGCCCACCGGCUUCUUCAGGUGGAGUCGUGCUGGUAGGAGAUGCGUGGCAUCCAAUGACUCCCAAUCUAGGACAAGGAGCUUGUUGUGCACUAGAAGAUGCAGUUGUUCUGUCUAGAAAGCUUGCCAAUGCAAUCAAAUCCGGAUCAACACAAUCAGUGGAAAAUGCUCUGAGUUCAUAUGGAAACGAGAGAUGGCCCCGAGUGUUCCCUCUAACCAUACGUGCCAAUCUCGUUGGGUUGGCUCUGCAGUGGGACAAUCCAAUUGUUUGUUCUGUUAGGAACAAUUUUGUCAUACCUAAGCUGGUUAGGCUUGGACCUUUGUUGGAGCAUACCAAUUUUGAUUGUCAACCCCUUUAGAAAGCAAAGAGUUUUGACUUCAAAUCCUUGAAUAAGCUCAAACAAGUAUGUGCAAAUGUAUACCCAAUAAUUUAUUGUAAAAAUCCCCCCCUUUGUGUUCAAAAUAUGAUAGAAUAUAUAUUUGAUUAUUGUACUGUAUAGACCAGUGUAGUAAAUGCAUCAAUGAAAUCAUACCAACCAAA